AUGGAGGGAUUGAGGUUCAGAAGCAUCACAUUUAUGCUUGUCAUAGCAUUUCUUGUUUGGUCUUCAAGUCUUGAAAUGUGCAAUGCCAGAAGAGGGAAGCAUUGGAGGCACAGCAGAGAAACCUCAGCAUCUCUGCUAAAGAAGAAGACAAAAAGACAUGGCAGUAGCCAUCACAACCACCAUGGAGGAUCAAAAUCUCCAACAGCUCCAUCUCACAAGACCCCAUCGUUGCCUCCGAGUCCUGAACCAGUAGAAGCCACGCCACCUUUGCCGCCACAGAAAGGUUACAAGGGUGGCCGCUCUGCCACCUUUAAUGUGCUUGAUUUCGGGGCCAAGGGUGAUGGAAGUACUGAUGACACAAAGGCAUUUGAAGAUGCAUGGGCCGCUGCAUGCAAAGUGGAGGCAUCGAUGAUGAUCGUCCCAGCAGAAUACGCAUUCCUCGUGGGACCCAUCUCGUUUUCGGGUCCAUAUUGCCAGGCAAACAUUUUAUUCCAGCUGGAUGGAACCAUAGUUGCUCCAACAGAGAACGAAGCAUGGGGAAAAGGUCUGCUACAAUGGCUCGAGUUCACAAAGCUAAGAGGGAUCACAAUCCAAGGGCAAGGAACUAUUGAUGGCCGAGGCUCCGUUUGGUGGGAGGACUACCCAUUUGAUGAUCCCAUCGACGACGAAACACGGUUCCUGAUUCCGUUAAACAGCUCCGUGGAAAGAAAUCCACCAAUGCCGGUGAGAAAUGAGCUCAGUGCAAAAAUGCCAAGCAUCAAGCCCACUGCUCUGAGGUUUUAUGGGAGUUUCAAUGUGACGGUCACGGGCAUUACAAUUCAAAACAGCCCCCAGUGCCACCUCAAAUUUGACAAUUGCAUGGGAGUUUUGGUUCAUGACAUGAGCAUCUCAUCUCCAGGCGACAGCCCCAACACAGACGGCAUUCACCUCCAAAACUCCAAAGAUGUGCUCAUUCAUAGCUCCAGUCUUGCUUGUGGAGAUGACUGCGUAUCAAUACAAACAGGAUGCUCAAAUGUAUACAUACACAAUGUGAAUUGUGGACCAGGACACGGGAUCAGCAUUGGAAGUCUGGGCCGGGAUAAUACAAAAGCAUGUGUCUCGAACAUCACCAUCCGAGAUGUCAACAUACACAACACAAUGACUGGAGUGAGAAUAAAGACAUGGCAGGGUGGAUCAGGAUCUGUGCAAGGAGUAAUGUUCUCAAACAUUCAAGUUUCUGAAGUGCAGUUUCCAAUCAUCAUUGAUCAAUUUUAUUGUGACAAAAGCACCUGCAAGAAUCAAUCAUCAGCUGUGGCAUUGUCAGGGAUUACUUAUGAAAGGAUUAGAGGAACAUACACGGUUAAACCAGUGCACUUUGCCUGCAGCGAUAGCCUACCAUGCAUUGAUGUGACUCUCACAGCUAUACAAUUGAAACCAGUGCAAGAACAGUACCACCUCUAUAAUCCCUUCUGCUGGCAGACUUUUGGUUUGUUGAGCACUCCUACAGUUCCGCCAAUUGACUGCUUACAAAUAGGGAAGCCAUCAAAAAAUAGGAUUCAAUCUGAUCAUGAUUCAUGUUGAGAUUAAUCUCAGUAUUCCAUCCCCCAUUCAAUUGCGUGGUCGGCGUGAGUUCCUGGCCCCUUCAUAUAAUUUGAGAGAUAGAUAGAGUUUGUAUAUUUGGGGAGUGCUUGUUUAUUCUUCUUUAGGAAGGUUAUAUUGAUGACCCAGGUAUGGGAGUAUACCAGCAGCACUAUUAGCUAAAGUCCAAUACUAAAGUGCACGACAGCCUUCAUUAUUAUA